AUGACAGACACAAUUUCAAAAGCUACAAAGCCAGUCAAGGACACUGUAUCCGGACAACAAGGCGGCGGUGAUGACGGUAAAAAAAACAUUGUCUCUGACACAACAAAUCAAGCCACUGAUACUGUCAAAGGCACUAAGGACACUGUAACAGAUACGGCCGGUAAAGCUACGGACUCAUUAUUGAAGUAA